UUCCGCAUUUAUAAUCCUCCUUCCGGUGGUUUACGCUCAGGUAGGUGAGUGUGGGUCUGUUUUUAUUAAACUAAACACGUUAGUGGUGGUUUUAAUGUAAUUUAACGCGGAUGGGGAGGUUGACAACUCUGGUGAAGGUGAUGCUCCUGUCAGGCGAAGUUACUGGAAUGAAAAUAACCGUGAGGAUGAUUCACUGAGAUCUGGAAUUCUGCAGCUGCUCCGAUGUGAAAUCAUCUCAUAAAAGUAAAACAUGAGCAGGUGGAGAACGGACGGAGAUGAUGCGGUGAAUGGGAGGAGAGGGACUGGAAGGUGAGGGACUGGAAGGUGAGGGACAUGAGGUGAGGGACUGGGAGAUGAGGGACAUGAGGUGAGGGACAGAGCGACAGUUGUGGUGAACGAUCCUUCAGCAGCAACAGAGAUCAGCUGACUGAUCAGUGAGUGGGGAAAUCAGCUCUCUCGGCACAAUGAACGUGAGGAAAGUGGAAAAGACGGUUCUGAGUGUGGAGCAGGCCGAGGGGGUCGGUGCUCGUGUUCGCAGGAGCAUCGGCAGAACGGAGCUGAGGAACCUGGAUCCCUUCCUGAUGCUGGACGAGUUCAGAGUGAGCAAGCCGGCAGGUUUUCCAGAUCAUCCUCACCGAGGAUUCGAAACAGUAACAUAUGUUUUAGAGGGCGUCACGGCCCAUGAAGACUUCUGUGGCCGUUCUGGGCGACUGCAACCUGGAGAUCUGCAGUGGAUGACUGCAGGACGGGGGGUGGUCCAUGCCGAAAUGCCUGUAUCAGAAGAGCCAGUGGUGGGCCUACAGCUGUGGGUGAACCUGCCGAGGCGAGACAAGAUGGUGGAGCCAGCGUACCAGGAGCUCAAAGGCUCAGAGAUUCCCAAACGCAGCCAGGGAGGGGUCACAGUCGCUGUUAUAUCUGGAGAGGCUCUAGGAGCAAAGUCCAAGGUUUUCACGAGGACACCGACCCUGUAUCUGGACUUCAAGCUGCAGGCGGGGGCCCUGCAUGUGCAGCCAGUGCCUUCAGGAUGGACUACAUUCAUCUACACGUUAUCGGGAUCCAUUAACGUUGGCCCAGACCCAGAGCAGCAGGCGGUGGCGUCCCAUCACACGGUGGUGUUCGGAGACGGAGACUGUGUCAAGGUUGAAAACAAGGGCUCUGAAGUCUCUCAUUUUGUGCUCAUCGCAGGAGAACCAAUCAAAGAGCCUGUGGUACAACGCGGUCCAUUUGUCAUGACGACAGAGGAGGAGAUCAGUCAGGCCAUCAGGGACUACCAGAGCGGCAGGAAUGGCUUUGAGAGAGCUGUAAACUGGAGAUCCAAGAUCAGAGACUCUUUCUAAAGCGGUGGUGGGAAACCUUCACCAUCUGGGCCAUUUGAU